UGGCUCAAGACUUCUGCCGGGCCAAGCCAGGCUUGGGUAUGCCGGCACAGCCGAUACUGCAUUGAGGAUAUGCGUUUGUCCGAGACGUAUAGCUGCGCUGCUCCAUGCCGCGCGAUGCGGAUCUUGAUGGCAAUCGUUGCGUCUAUUCUUCCUGGUACUCCGUUUGCCACAGGUGUCUUUGGAUCCAACCGCCCGCUCGAAUUUCUGGCGUGCGACGUGUUCAUGUUGCAGGCUUCUGUGGACUUGCCACCCGAGGUGCACAAUAGGACCAAGCGUCCAAAGCUGUGGGCUCGUAGCAGGAGCCCUCCGCGCCAUCACCGAACACCAUUUUCCGCGCUCUCCACUUGGAAACAGGUGUCUGCGCAAAAGCACGCAGUUGCGACGCCGUCGCCAACAUCUUGUGUUGAUUCUGCAAUGGGGGCUACGAACAGAUUUGGCAAAGGGUGUGAAGUUUAUUCGCACGAUUAUGAAAACCCCUUUUCAGGCAUCUGCUUCGACCCAUACUAUGACGAUUCGGAUUUCACGUCUGCUUCAAUGUGCUGCGUGUGUCCAGAGGAGUGCCCCGACCUGCCACGCAUACGUCUCCAAGAUAAUUGUGAGGAUUGGAUUUCCUUCUCGGACCUCAACUCUGAUGGGGAAACACCAGGGAGAUCACAUCAUUCGAAUCUUGGUGGGAUGGGCCCGCAGUUUCAGAUGCCGAAUGAGCUUAGAUAUUAUGGCGUUGGGCAAACCGCAGAUGGGUCCCCUUUGGACAUCACCUUCAUUAAUACAACCGAGUAUGUUCCGAGAAACACGAAUUGGAACAACAUUCUUGGCGCCACGGCGACUGUGAAUCUCCUGGUAGGGCAGUCUGUCACUCUCAAGGGGGAGUUUGUGCGAAAUCACACCUUCUGCUCUGAGUCGCCAGUCCGGCCAAAGAUCACGUUUUGUGAUGUUGACCAUUUCAAGGAUGGGGAGAAUGAGAUUGUGCUACUCGACGGCAUUAGCGCCGUUUACACGGUCGACGGCGACAUCGACUUCGACAUGCAGUUGUACGAAUACGAUACCAUCACCAGCAACAGCCCAGCUCCGCUGGCUUACACCACGACUUCGGUCCAGACGCCGAUCCCUGGUAGAAGCUCCAGGAAGUAUGUCGCCAAUGCUGGGGGCAAGUUCGGGAUAAAGGUGACCUCGGAGAUGUUCGGGCACGGCUGCGACAACCCGGCGGACCCGAACAGCCUGUCCAAUGUCACUUGCCCAGACGCGUCGGCCGCCACUGUGGAUCAGGCGAAGCGAUGCUUCAUGGUUGAGUUCGCUAACACAACCGAGUUCAUUGUCGGGUUCAAGAUCCUGACGGACAUGCCGCCCCAGUACGUCCAGAUGUGGGGCCGCAAUUUUGCCAUGUCCGGGACGUCCAACUACUUCGUCGACGAGGACAGCGUCGCAUGCUUCACGACAUUUGCGCCGACAAGUUCACCCACAUCAUCUCCAACAUUGCUUCCAACAGCCUCGCCUACAGCUUCUCCGACAGUCGCGCCGACAGGGUCACCGACUGCUGCCCCAACUGCUGCCCCGACAGGCGCGCCCACAUCUGCACCGACUGCGACACCGACAGCUUCGCCGACAGCGUCACCGACUGCUGCCCCGACGGCUGCACCAACAAGUGCACCGACUGCUGCACCGACUGCGGCACCAACCAGCGCGCCCACAGCUGCACCGACUGCGGCACCAACAGCUUCACCGACAGCGUCACCGACUGCUGCCCCGACGGCUGCGCCAACAAGUGCGCCCACAGCUUCACCGACAGCGGCACCGACAGCGUCACCGACAGCGUCACCGACUGCUGCCCCGACGGCUGCACCAACAAAUGCGCCCACGCCCGCACCGACAGCGGCACCGACACUUCACCGACCGCGUCACCGACUGCUGCCCCGACGGCUGCACCAACAAGUGCACCGACUGCUGCACCGACUGCGGCACCAACCAGCGCGCCCACAGCUGCACCGACUGCGGCACCGACAGCUUCUCCGACAGCGUCACCGACUGCUGCCCCGACGGCUGCGCCAACAAGUGCGCCCACAGCUUCACCGACAGCGGCACCGACAGCGUCACCGACAGCGUCACCGACUGCUGCCCCGACGGCUGCACCAACAAAUGCGCCCACGCCCGCACCGACAGCGGCACCGACAGCUUCACCGACCGCGUCACCGACUGCUGCCCCGACGGCUGCGCCAACAAGUGCGCCCACAGCUGCACCGACAGCGGCACCAACAGCGUCACCGACAGCGUCACCGACUGCUGCCCCGACGGCUGCACCAACAAGCGCGCCCACAGCUGCACCGACAUCGACUCCAACAGCUUCACCGACCGCGUCACCGACUGCUGCCCCGACGGCUGCACCGACAAGCGCGCCCACAGCUGCACCGACAGCGGCACCGACAGCGUCACCGACCGCGUCACCGACAGCGUCACCGUCUGCUCCCCCGACGGCUGCCCCAACUUCCGCACCGACAGGACUGCGGGUGAGCGCGUCUGGCGACCCACACCUGGUCAACGUGCAGGGGCAGCACUUCGACGUGCUGAAUCCCGGCGCCCACGUCCUGCUCAACGUGCCCAUGCGGGCGAGCCCGUCGCAGGCGCUGGUGCGCGUGGAGGCCGACGCCCAGCAGGUGGGUGGCGCCUGCGCGGAGACGUACUUCAUGAAAAUCAACAUUACGGGCAAGUGGGUCGAGGCCAAGGUCCACAAGCUCGGACGUGGCAACGGACUUAUGUUUAGCGCAGGCGCGGGGGAGCCCCACACGGGCACGAAGUGGAUGUCUUUCGGGAAGAUCAUGCUAAAGGUGGUCCAUGGCCGCACCAGUCAGGGAACGGCAUACCUGAACUUUUUCGCACGCAACUUGAAGCUUGCCGGCUUCCUUGUGGGAGGGCUCCUCGGAGAGGACGACCACACGGAGGCGGCCUUGCCGACCAGGGCGUGCGUGCAGACCGUCGACAUCUGAGCUGAUGGCUUGCAGGCGGUGCUUGUCCGCGGCAAGCUGCAAAAUUCAGAGAUGCAUAAUUCAUUGCGGCACGCGGUUAGCUGCGGGUUUUGCGCGCGACCGCCGGUCCUUGAUCGCUUGAUCGAGCUACCUGUUCCGCCCCCAAAAAAAAACUUGCUUUCCGUGUUCAUGAUGUUGGCCGACGUGAGGUCGAGGAUCACCCGAUGGCUUGGAUCAAAUGGCUCGGAUCCACAGGUAACGUCUGACACACUUAACGCAACCUUUGGAGGCCUGGAAAUGGGCACCAACACCAACACAGG